CCCAAAACUCCAGCCUUUUUCUCAAGAGCUCUUAGAAAUUUACAUUACAUAUUACGAGUCAUGGCAUAUAUUUGUCUUCACUGUUUAACUAUGUCACUUCUUCGUGUCGAAUGGCGAACUACAAAACGUUCAUGUUUGUCUAAUUAAUGAAUUACCAGAGUCCAAACAAACACAUUGUUAGAAGAAAAUAAUUACGCUGUUUCACUGUUUGAGGCCUGUAAUUUAUAGCUGUGGAAUAUCCGUGAUUUCGAAGAGGAAACCACGCUAUCUUUGCGCGAGAAAGCAUGGUUAGUUGUGAGAGCAAGUAUCUAGCGUUAAAUAACCGAUGUUUCAUAGCAAAAACGCGUUUUUAUGUCGGUUGUCUUGAGAAUCAAUGCAAAUGAGAGUUUCAUUGCUACGCUGCUAUAGCAACAAAACGCACAAAGGUCACAGCGACGCAAUAAAAGGAGUUAUUUUGUUGAGUCGUCGAUAAAUGGGAGAUUAACUUACUUGCAUUUCAAGGUAUUUGAAACUUUGUCGAAACUAAGUAUGGCCUUGCGCUAUACUUGAUCUAAAGUGUUACGGAAGAGAUGUAUCGUAUAUGAACUAGUUUUGUUGGGAGGUGAAGAUCACUAUCAUAUCACUGUCACAUCACAUAGCUGGGUUCCAUCACCAAUCAUGAAUACGAAACCUACGUGUGUCAGUGUUGAGAGAGGCCUCGCGACCAAUUUUGGAUCAAAUGCUCGCAGUUCAUUUGAACAUCAGUUUAUCUCACAAAGUUGGAAUACAUUUCAAAGACUACGACAGUCUCAGCCCAAUAAAAAUCAUGAAAGAUUAGUAGUGACGAGGGGUGAAGGAAAUGACAAAGUUAGAUACUUGAGCAAACCAGCGACGGGCAGAGAAACGUUCAAGGUUUCUCUUCUGGCCAGAAACGACUCAAGCGAGCGUUCGAAUCCUGUGUAUUUGAAACCGACGACAGAAAUCAAACCUUCGUAUAGACCCGUGAAAAACGACCGCCGUUGGGCGAGAUCCUGGGCGAACCACCGGGCACGUCAGGCCGUGCUCUCGCGAAACGAAUCGACGUUCGAACGGUCAAAAAGUUGUGAAACACGGAGCACGACAAAAACGGAGAAUAUGAAUCCACCGCGCAGAUCAAAAAGCACGCGUAAUAUCACGUUGGAUGCUAAAGCAGCCGAGACUUUUAGACGGCUUAGGUCAAUUUACAUCAAUGAAGAAGCCCGAGAUCGCCGUCUUCAGUCUAUACGAGAGAGAAUGAACGAAUUCCAGCAGAAAUCCAUUAAAAAGGAAGUGAACAAAAGCAUUCAGGAAUUCAACAGAAGACUCAAAGAAGACGAACAGAAUCGUAAGGAACUUCGAAGAGUACGAGAAAAGUUCCAAGAAACUAAGAAACAGCGCCUCAAACACAUGCAUGUUUCUAGGAAUGCGCUCGAUGUUCCGGCCGUGUCGAGGCUCGCGUAUGGGUUGCCGAAGGAGGGGAAAGAAUUUUCUGUCGCUUUUUCGUCGAAGAAGACGACGGAUGAGAUAAAGAAGUUAUGGCGGAUGGCAAUUGUGAGACAGCAAUGUAUCGAUAGUUUUAUAAGCAAAGUUUCUCACAGCCAGCAAGAGUUACCCGGAGUCACAGUGAAACCAAGGUUAAGAGCGCCAAGUCUAACGACGACAGAGUCCUCUCUACGACCAGAAAAUCUUCACGUAAACCAACCAAGGAAAGAUCAUUUGAAAGAAAUACAAGAAGAUCCUAGGAGAAUGGUUAAACCGUCGAUCAACGAGCUCGCAAAACUACAAACAGGAAUUUUAGACACAUUUGAUUCAUUAAGCAGUGAAGAAGAUGAUAACGAAAGGUGAACUCAAAUAGCUCUCUCCUAGUUAUAGAACUUCGCCUACUUUCAAGAAAUCAACGGAUCAUAGAUCGUACUAAUUGAUAUGAAUAUACUUUUUAU